CACCCACCAGCCAGUGGCACCUACACAACCGGGCAACAUGUCUAUUCAGAAGAUUCAUGCUCGGGAGAUCUUGGACUCCAGGGGUAACCCUACUGUAGAGGUGGACCUGUACACUGGGAAAGGUCUGUUUCGGGCAGCCGUCCCCAGCGGCGCCUCCACUGGAAUCUAUGAAGCCCUGGAGCUCAGAGAUGGGGACAAAUCCCGAUAUCUGGGAAAAGGUGUCCAGAAGGCCGUGGAGCACAUCAACAAGACUAUCGUCCCAGCCUUGUUAGAGAAGAAAUUAAGUGUUGUGGAGCAAGAGAAGAUUGAUAAACUGAUGCUGGAUCUUGAUGGGACUGAGAACAAAUCUAAGUUUGGUGCUAACGCUAUCCUGGGGGUGUCACUGGCCGUGUGCAAGGCUGGUGCGGCAGAAAAAGGCGUCCCACUCUACAGGCACAUUGCUGACCUAGCAGGAAACCCUGAUAUCAUUCUUCCUGUCCCUGCAUUCAAUGUCAUUAAUGGCGGUUCACACGCAGGAAACAAGCUGGCGAUGCAGGAGUUCAUGAUCCUGCCUGUGGGGGCAUCAACCUUUCGGGAGGCCAUGCGCAUUGGGGCAGAGGUCUACCAUAACCUAAAGGCUGUUAUUAAGGCCAAGUAUGGCAAAGACGCCACCAACGUUGGUGAUGAAGGUGGAUUUGCUCCCAACAUCUUGGAGAACAAUGAGGCUCUGGAGCUCCUGAAAGCCGCCAUAGAGAAAGCCGGGUACCCGGACAAGAUUGUCAUCGGGAUGGACGUUGCUGCAUCUGAAUUCUUCCGCAAAGGGAAAUACGAUCUGGACUUCAAAUCACCAGACGAUCCAAACCGCUACAUAAGUGGAGAAGAGCUGGGAAAUCUGUACAAGUCCUUCAUAAAGAACUACCCCGUGGUCUCCAUUGAGGACCCCUUUGACCAGGAUGACUGGGAGAACUGGAAGAACUUCCUCUCCACUGUUGAUAUACAAGUGGUUGGAGAUGAUUUGACCGUCACAAACCCAAAGCGGAUCCAGAAGGCCGUGGAGCAGAAAGCUUGUAACUGUCUGUUACUGAAGGUCAACCAGAUCGGCUCUGUCACCGAGUCCAUCCAGGCCUGUAAAUUGGCUCAGUCCAACGGAUGGGGUGUGAUGGUCAGCCAUCGAUCUGGAGAGACAGAAGACACCUUCAUUGCCGACCUGGUGGUUGGACUCUGUACAGGACAGAUUAAGACUGGCGCCCCCUGCAGGUCAGAGAGACUGUCUAAAUACAACCAGCUGAUGAGAAUUGAGGAAGAAUUGGGCGACAAAGCCAAGUUUGCUGGACGUAAAUUCAGAAACCCCCGAGCCAAGUAAUGAUGAAAACUCAAGAACCUCCUUCCGCUCCAGUCGCCCCCGUACUCCUCCUUACGUCUGUGCCUGGAGACGCCGCCCGGCUGUGGUCACUAAACACGUCACCCAGAAGAGUGUGAACGCGCCCUACAUCAUCUGCCAGGCCCACUCCUUACACAUAUAGCACGUCCGGUGCAGUAAGAGGCAGGAUUGUCUGUGCCUCAUACCGCAUCUCCACAUAUAUGUGACCGGCGACCAACCUGCCCCUAUGACAUCACUGCACUUACUGAUGAUGUCACAGGUACUCCUCAUGUAUGAACGCACCACACAUCCAGAACAUUUUAAAUAAAGUAUAAAUCUAAAAAACA